AUAGUCUUAAAAACAAUUACAACUCACUUUGCUCACACAACUUGAAAGUAUACAGUAUUUGUUUCUCUUGUAGAAAAUGGGGUCUUUUGUUUCAAAAGCAAUGAAUGAGAAUUUUGAAAAGAUGCAGGCUGCGCAGGAAACUAUGCUACAGAGACAAAUCCAGAUGCAAAAUUAUAUGAGAGAAAGACAAAUGGCAAUGCAGUUGGCCAGGGCAAGAGAGAUGUUUUACUGGCUUUCAUCAUUCUAUGGAAUUUGUUCUGUAGGAAUGUUAGCUGGGUUUAUGAAAACAAAGAAGCCAGCUGCAAUUGCACCUUUUAUUCCUUUAACUUUCCUUGUCGCCUAUCAAUAUGAUCUUUGCUUUGGAUCAAAGAUGUACAGAAUAAGAGAAGAGGCAGAAAAAAUACUUGAGAACGAAAAGACCUCUUUAUAUUUGCCGGGUGAUGGUUUACCAACAGUUAAAACAUUAGAUAACCUGAGAAGCAUUGAUUAUAGAAGUUCAAAUAAAUAG